GAAAUUUUGUGCAAUAAAUAAGUUUUUAAUUUAGUUUAAUUCAAAAAAAAAUCAAGAAAUAAAAUAUUCCGUACGGGAACUGUUAAAACAGAAAAGAGAAGAAAGAAAAAAAUAAUCAACAAGUGGUGCAUAAAAAAAAAGUUUUCAUGUGAAAAUUCAUGAACAUUUAUAACUUAAGACAAAAAAAAAAUAAAUAAAUUUAUAGUUAAAUGUGUUGAAAAUAGGAACUUAAUAGACAAGUCAGUUAGUAGUCAGACAAAAAGGAAACUUAUUGACUUGCUAAGGAUAUUAUUAGUUAUACAAAAAUUAUUAUCAUAUUGGAAAAAUAAAAGCAAAGAAGUAGUGAAUAGUGAGGCUUCCAUCGCAGACAUAAAACAGUCGAAAUAAAAAUUAUUCGGACCCAAAUGGAUAUGACAAUGGACGUUUACGGUGACAAUGAGGUCAACGAUCUCAAAGAGCUAUGGGAAACUGAUUUAGAUAUGAAUGACUCGCUGAAGCUUACACCAACGGAUAUAACUGAUUGGUUUAUGGAUUGUGAAACUGAUGCUGAUGAUCAGAAGAUUCCUCAUGUUAUAUUAAAUGAUAAACUUAUGACAGAUGCAAUCUUUGGAACUGUGGUGCCAAUUAAAGCCGAACAUAGCUACAGUCUCACUUCCGAUGGUGAUUCUAUGCCUGAUUCUCCUUCCGAUGCUACAAAAAUUGACGAUCUUGACGAUAACAGUUGCCCAAUCAAUAUGAACAUGAUCAGCUAUAAUCAGAGUGACAGCAACAACAAUAACACCGCACUUAGCAGUCAGAAACAGAAGCAGUUUCUGCGACUUCUGAGCAACAGCAGUGCUCUUUAUGCAAAAAACUCCUCCACUUAUUACAAUCAGCCAAAGAGUUACAGUGGCUCAAACUCGUCAUGUUCAAGCAGUGAGGCUGACAUUGAUGACAUCACAAUUGUAAAGGAGGAACCUUUAUCUCCACAUUCCAGUUGCCCGCCAUCUCCACAUAAUAGCUUUGGUAAUACAUUACCGAGCAUUUCAUCAAUCAACCCCGACUUGAUGUAUGAUCGCAAGCCAUCGCUGAGAAGUCAAGAUCAGAACUACCUUACCUCUUCAACCUGCACCACUACAUCACGAAUCAAAACAGAACCUCAAGUUUCUAAUUUUGGUUUGCCUCCAACACCGCCUCUAUCGUCGCUAGGAGACGAGACAAAAGGGAAUUCAAGUCCCGAACAUAAUAAUAGUAGUAGUAGUAAUAAUGCCACACCUGCAAUCACCUCCACUUCAAGCAGCUCGAAAAAGUCGCAGAGUGCGUCACAUUCCACACGUGGAUAUUCAAGUUCCACCCGCCAACCAAUUCACACGCCAUUAAUCAGUAGCCAACCGAAGGGUUCAACUGGUGAUCUUAUUCUAACCGAUGAAGAGAAACGCACAUUGUUGGCUGAAGGCUAUCCAAUCCCACAAAGACUUCCACUUACAAAAGCCGAAGAAAAGUCACUAAAGAAGAUUCGGCGAAAGAUUAAGAAUAAGAUCUCAGCACAGGAAUCACGCCGCAAGAAGAAGGAAUACAUGGAUCAGCUAGAAAGGCGUGUAGAGAAGCUCGUCACUGAAAACAACAACUUCCGACAGAAAGUAAAAGCACUUAGUGAUGAGAACAGCAAUCUUCUUAGAGAAUUGCAACAACUUCUGUUCUCAAGCUUCCCUAAAAACCAGUCACUUGUUAUCAGCCGAACAGCGAAACGUCUACUGCGUGCUGAGAAAGACGAGAUGAUUGAAUCAAAUGUGGAAUAAAUCAAUAAUUCAAGAUUUGAUUGUUUCGUCCGAACUUAAUUGAAUGUUUCUUCAACGACGAAUUACUUAAUUGGAUAUAUUAUGAAUGAAGGAACGAAUUCUUCCGCAGACUAAUUUUUAUUUUUUUUGACUUGACUUACAAUUAUUCAAUUUUUAUUUUGCAUAAUGUUAUGAAGUGAAAACCACAAUUUUUAGAUAAUUAUAAUGAUUAAAUAUAAUGAAAAAUGAAGAGAAAAUGAAAAAUGAAAUAAAAAUC